CCCUGCUUCCUGCCGGGGCUGUGCAGGGACAUUGCUCAGCAGGGCACCUCAGCACAGGUCUCAGGGCUUGGCGUGGCCUCGGCUCCCUGCCUGGGCUGCGGUGGAGCUGGGGCAGGUGGAGGUGCUGAGCAGGCCAUGGGCAUCUGCCAACACGCCAGGGCUUGCCCCGCUCCGGAGCUGCAGAGCAGGGCUGAAGUGAGGUGAGAAGGGGUUGAGAGUGGCUCCAGCAGCAAAGCAGCCCCUUGCCGUGCUGGCUCUUCCCUGUGUGAGGUGGCGGCAGCUUCUCAUGUUGAGGAGAGGGGAUGAGGCCCCUCGCUGCUCCCUCAUGGCUGUGCUCUGCUUCCCCCAAGCUCCGUGCAGUGCCAGGCUCCAGCUCUCUGAUCUGCUUCUUCCCUUCCUCUCACCAGGUUCUCCUGGCCCGCAGUCUGAUGCCCGUCCCGCCCUGCGAUGAGUCUAUGAGCCCCCUCCGGAUCAGCGUUGGUGGUCUGCCUGUCCUCGCGUCCAUGACCAAGGCUGCUGACCCCCGCUUCCGACUCCGCUGGAGGGCCAUCGUGCUGUCGUCAGCCUGCGUGGGGUUUGUGCUGCUGCUCUUCUGCCUGCACCGGUCCUCCCCAGCACGCCAUGGUCCGCCCAAUCCUCACAACCGGCAGCUCAGCCUGCAGGCAGGGGACCGCUACAAUGACACCUACCCACUGUCCCCCCCCCAGAGGAACCCUGAGGGUGUGCGCUACCGCAUCGGAGUCAUCGCGGAUCUGGACACACAGUCCCGGGGCUCUGAGGAGCACACCUGGUUCAGUUACCUGAAGAAGGGCUACCUGGUGCUGUCAGACAGCGGGGACAGCGUCACAGUGGAGUGGGACAAAGACGAGAGCAUGCUGCAGUCCCACCUGGCUGAGAAGGGCAGGGGCAUGGAGCUCUCCGAGCUGGUUGUCUUCAACGGGAAGCUGUACGCCGUGGAUGACCGGACAGGAGUGGUUUAUCAGAUUGAGGGCAACAAGGUGGUGCCCUGGGUGAUCCUCCCAGAUGGGGAUGGCACAGUGGGGAAAGGCUUCAAGGCAGAGUGGCUGGCAGUGAAGGACGAGCACCUCUACGUGGGGGGACUGGGCAAGGAGUGGACCACGACGACAGGGGAGGUGGUGAACGAGAACCCCGAGUGGGUGAAGGUUGUUGGCUACAAGGGCGAUGUGGGCCAUGAAAACUGGGUGGCAAACUACAACGCGCUGAGGGCUGCAGCAGGCAUCCGACCCCCAGGUUACCUGAUCCAUGAGUCGGUGUCCUGGAGCGACACGCUGCAGCGCUGGUUCUUUCUGCCGCGCCGCGCCAGCCACGAGCGCUACAAUGAGAAGGCGGACGAGCGGCGCGGCACCAACCUGCUGCUGAGCUCCACGCAGGACUUCGGGGACGUGACGGUGGGACGCGUGGGGGACGUGGUCCCCACUCACGGCUUCUCCUCCUUCAAGUUCAUCCCAGACACGGAUGACCAGAUCAUCGUGGCACUGAAGUCGGAAGAGGACAAUGGCAAGAUCGCCAGCUACAUCAUGGCCUUCACGCUGGAUGGGCGCUUCCUCCUGCCCGAGACCAGGAUCGGGAGCGUGAAAUACGAGGGCAUCGAAUUUAUUUAACGACUGAUGCACUGGACUGGAGGGGCAAGGGGCCACUGCCGGCCGGAGGCAGCCCUGGGCUCAGCAGAGGGACGCCAGGCUCUGCUCCCGGCUCUGUACUUGGCCGUGGCGUCUCCUGUAAAGCAUUGCUCUGCUGCAGCAGGCGUGGUGCGAGUGUUUCGGCAGUGGCACCUGGUGGCAAGGGGCUGCCACCACAGGGAGCUGCUAGCCCCAGCCCAGCAGACACGGCCAUGGCCCCAUGUGCUGGAUCCCAGUCAGGCCAUUAGUGCCAGCCCCUAACUGUGACAGAAACCCCCUGUGUC